AUGUCCAUGAUGGCCGCCAUGGGCCAAGUAAAAGCCCUCCAGACAAAGAACCUCCGAAGCAUCGCGCAGAUCGCUGAUGCGCCCCUGGCAACAGUCGAGGAAGCCCUCGGCGGAGAUGCCAAGGCGGCAAAGAGCCUGCACGCGGCGUGCAAGGCGCAUGGGAAGAAGUCUGGUGGGAAGCGCGCGGCGGAGGAUGGAGGAGUCGGUGCUGGGGCGAAGAAGCCCAAGUUGGAGGCGCAUCGACGGGAUCUUGACUACAGCGCCAUGUCUGGUGAUGAGCUCGAGACAGCGCUGGAGCUACCCCUAGAGGAGGACGAGGAGGUUAUUCGGAACACGACUGUCGUGACCAACAGGGCGCCCUUGAUGUUGGCGUUUGUGGUUGAGUUGUUGCGAUUUACAAUGCCGGAGCAACCACCGAGUAGUCGGUUGAGUCUGGCUCAGGCUGUGGUGAGCGCUAACUCACGGUCGAAAGCCGUGAGCAUAGGCAUCGAAAAGGCACCUCCAGGAGGUGAGCAGAAGAUCCCGGAAGGCCAGCCAAAGAUCAGCAUCAUGGGUCGUCAAGUCCCUGUCCUCAAGCGAGGCGGCUACAACUGGUCCGGCUCAUCACAACCGUCGUCAUCCAACGCCUCUUCAGUCACGCUUCAAGGAAGCCCGCCGAAACCCAAGGGCUGGACUGCAAGUCAGAAACUGAGCUCGAAAGGAUCCGUCUUUAUAGCUCACGCCAUCCCUGUGUCAUCACCAUCUGCACGGCCAGCACUUUUCAAAUCUCUGAUGGCCGAGAAGCCCGAGCUCGAAACUGCGACUCACAACGCCUGGGCUAUCCGGACAAGCUUUGGAAACUCGCCCCUGAAACAAGAGGCAUCUUUUGACGAUGGCGAGUCGGGUUGUGGAAAUUUUCUACUUCAGCAAUUGCGUGAACUUGACAUCAGCAACACGUUGGUUGUGCUCACGAGAUGGUAUGGCGGCGUGAUGCUGGGUCCGGAUCGAUGGCGCCUCAUGAGAGAGUGUCUCAACGACGCCCUGUCAUCUCAGAAGCGUAUAUCGAGUCUCAACGGUGAACCUGUGUGGGCGCUCGACACGGAGGAUAAGAAGCCCACGACCUCGACGGUUGGUAUGGCCAUCCACAAACCCGAAGGAGCGCGAAACUACAUUCUCCGAGCCUUUGCGCCACCAGAGACGGGAGUCAAGAAGACAGUUGCCGCAGCAAACGAGGAGAAACAAGAGCACUUGGGUCGUGUGCUAGGUGCCCUGCGGCUACUGUUUGCGAGCUGGGCGGACACGCUGAGCCAAAGUGAUCUCGACAAACGAGCCUGGAGCUGGUACAUGAGUGUGCGGCCAGACGUGGAUUCUGGGCCAGCAGGCUGGGGUGCCAAGGGAACGUUGAAGUUGGAAAAGAUACUAGAUCUAAGGCGUAAGGAGAGCGCGUGA